UUCUUUGUAACUAAGCAAGAUAUAAACAUCAAAUAUUUCAUAAUAGAGUUAUUAUAGUAGAUGUUUUAAUAGUUCCUACGUUUUUUGGAGGGCUCAUACAAGACGUUUAAUGUUCUUUCUCUUUCUACAUUCGUGACAGCUCACGAACCAUCAGUUAGUCCCUAGUGAGUUUUUUUUUACAUGACGUGAACGCAUAGACAGUAAAAGAAAGCGUGAACGCAGCUUGAACAUCAGACGUGUUUGUUUCAUGCCGUGCAGCAUUUUCACUUUCACUGUGGGUUGGCAAAUUACUUCUGUCACGCCGGGUUAGGGCACAAUUGUUGUUGCAUCUCAGUGCAUGUACCUACAUAAUCGAAUAUAUCCAAUAUGCUUAACAAUUAAAUGUUUAUGCAUUCUAAGAAGGACAAGCACAGGGGAGAUGGGGCACAUCAACCAACAUCGACCAAUUUGGUCUGUCUUGGCACAAUCCAUGGUUCUCUUCUCUCCAGAGCCUGUAACUGACGUGAAGAUUUCGUCCAAUCUACCUGAAGCUGUAGAGUUCAACAGCACUGUGAUUCUGACCUGCUCUGCCAAAGGCUCCUUCACUUACAGGUGGUUGAAUGGUUCAGACCCUUUGGUGGCGGACGGCACGCAUACGAAACUGAACCCAACUACUGGCAAUGAGCUAACUAUUACCGAAGUUCGCCGUACAGAUCUAAGAGGACCCAUCGUCUGCAUAGCAGAGAAUGCACUGGAGUCAGGGAGGAGUGCUCCCUUCAAUCUUACUGUGAGCUAUGGCCCUGAGAAAAUUGCGGUGACGCAGACUCCAACUGAUUCAUUCUUUAAGAAAGGCUCUAACUUAACACUCACAUGCUCAGCCGAUUCUGACCCUCCCACUCAGCUCCGGUGGAUGUUUAAUGGGGCAGAGCUGCUUCAGAAGGCCAUCGUCACCAUCCCCAAUUUAGAGGAAAAACACAGCGGCAACUAUAGCUGCGUGGCCUACAACGCGAAGACCAACCGCAACGUUGUCUCAACGGUUGCUUCGGUGACUGUUCUGGGUACCACUUGGACAAGGGUUCAGUCUCAGAAUACCAGCUUCUGCUUGGAGUGAUCUGGCAGUGUGUGUCGACUGUCAAAUCAUUUUUUGGAUUCCACACAUUAGUUCUGCCUCUUACUUGAAAAAGAGCUCAAUCAACCACCAACACAAGGAUCAACUCAAAAAUGGCUUUACUUUAAAUAUUCAAUAAACAUUUUACAAUCUCGAUUGACUUGCAAUCUGUUGAUUUUACUUCCAUUCACAUCCAU